UCGGUCGAGAACUGGGAGACCCGUGCCUUCUUCUCUUCUCUCCUCUCGGAUCUUGCGCGUCAAAAGGCCCUGCUCGUCCGGACUCGACCUGAGAAUUGCUCCUCUUUUCUUAGCAAACUCUUCUACCCUUCUUCCCCUCUCUGACCCAUAUCCAUCACCCCAGUCAUCACCGUGCUCAACCGUUGAUCGUUGCUUCCCCAUCGAUGGCGGAUAUGCAAACACCGUCCACCUUCGUGGACUUCAUCAAGCAUCCCAUCGUCAAUACUUUCACCUUCUUUUACUUGGUCUUCCAGUCCAUCAUCAACUAUGUCUACGCCCCUGCUCCGCCCCCGCCUUCCUCAGUCACCAAUGACCUCCCUAAGAAGAGAGUUGCCGUGAUUGGCGCUGGCUUAACCGGUGUCUCGUCGGCCGCUCAUUGCGUUGGCCAUGGCUUUGAGGUGCAAUUGUUUGAACAGCGAUCCAAGGAAGAGGGUUUGGGAGGAAUAUGGAGUCGCGUCAACUCCACCUCCUCACUGCAAAUCCAUAGCCUCAUGUAUCGCUUCCAUCCCUCGGUCCAGUAUAACACUGCCUACCCCACCCAGGAGGAAAUCAAAAAGCAGAUUGUCGAUCUGUGGAAGCGCUAUGGCCUUCAAAAACACACCGUCUUCAACACCCCAGUCACCUCUGUCAAGCAAACCAAGAACGGUAAAUGGAUCAUCAACAACGACGACAAGUACGGCCGAUUCGACGGAGUGUUGACCGCAGUCGGAGUUUGCGGAGACCCCAAGCAGCCCCCGUUGCCCGACCAGGACAAAUUCAAGGGCAGCAUCUUCCACUCCUCCAAGCUAGAUGGCAAGGAUGUCGAAGGCAAGAGAGUUCUCAUCGUGGGAGGUGGCGCCAGUGCCAUUGAAGCGCUCGAAUUUGCGGUCAAAUCCAAGGCUGCAGAAAUCGAUGUCUUAUCUCGGUCGGACAAAUGGGUGAUUCCUCGGAAUGUCUUGGUGCAAUCCCUUCUCGCAAUGAACAUCUUCGGACAGGAAACCUCGCUGUCAUGGAUCCCCGAAUGGCUCCUGCAUAAAUUCUUCUAUCGCGAUCUGCAGGAUAUUGCCCCCUCUAGCGGCCUCUACACCACAACUCCCAUGGCAAACGAUGAGCUGUUCGAUCAAAUCAGAGAAGGCAAAGCUCGCUGGCUGCGCGGUGACAUCGUUUCUGUCAAAGAAGACGGCAUUAUGUUCAACAGGCGAUCCAAGGGCGUGCCGAAAGGCGGUCCUGGCAAAGAGAACUUGGUUCCUGGCGAUGUCAUCAUCAUGGCUACUGGAUUCAAGCGCCCAUCUCUUUCCUUCCUGCCCGAUGAGGUGUUUGAAGAACCCUACGGUCCUCCUAGCUGGUAUCUCCAGGUCUUCCCGCCCAAGUACACUAGCAUCUGCGCCAACAACAGCACCUACGUCAACGCCAUCGGAACCGUGGGCAACAUGCACAUCGGCAUCUACACUCGCUUUUUGCUGAUGUUCCUGACUGACCCCUUGACUCGCCCCACCGAAGGUCGCAUGAAGACCUGGAUCGAUUUCACGCGCUUCAUGAAGAAACUGUCGCCCGUUGGUGCCUUCGACUUCUUCACCUACUCCGAACUUAUUUGGUGGUUUGUGUUCUGCAUCGUGGUCAACCCCUUCCGCUGGAAGUGGGCCCCCUUCGUCUUGUUCGGCAUGGGACGAACCCUUCCUUUGGAAGUGGUCAAGCAUGAAGAGGCAUUCCGCAAGGAGUUGCUCAAACAGCACCAAUAGAUUGAUACAUCGCAUCGUUGCCCCAGUCAUAUCGAUAGGACACUAUCGUACGCGAUCAAAAUGUAAUGACUUAUGAUUUUAGUUCCUGUAUAAAUUAUGUUAUGCACAUCAAUGGAUAUGAAUCUAU